ACCUGGGAUUUGUUUAAAAAGAUUUCUAAGAAAAUAUAAUUUUUAAAAUUUAUAUAAACUAAAUAUAACUCAGAUUUUACACAUUUUAACUAAGUCGAACAGGCGAUUUAAACAAUUUUUUCCGUCAAUAUUUAAUUUUGGUUUGAAAAAACAUAAAACCAUUUCCAAACCUUGGAUUUAUUUUAUAAAUUUAAGUGAAAGUAGCGAGAAAAUUAAAUUUUUAAAAUGUUGAAAAGGUAACAGUAUGCGAAGCCAUGCAAAUAUUUCAAACGUGUAAAGAUAUUUACGAAUAUAUCUGUACAUAAUUUGAUCGAAAUUAUGUAUAAUAUCGGAAUGGAAGUGUCGGGAAAAUGUCCUCUAGUGUUGAAAACCUAAUGCAAAACUGUGCCGAAUAACCGGCAACACUGCCUACUGUCAGCUGUGUAGCAUGCCAACUUUCUGCAGGUAUUCGAUUUUAGAUUUGUUUUCGAUGCGAUGGCAAAAUUUCACAAAAUUUUUUAAUUAUUUGUUGUUACUCGAUACAUAGAUAUUAUUGUGGAAUUUUGAUAGUGGCUGAGUAAUUAAAGACCAGCAUCAAAAUGUCUCGACACAGAAUAGUGCGGGCUAUGGAUUACAACGACGAAUAUGACGGUUACGAUGAUGUCUACGGCACCUCUGUUGAUGAUGAUAGUUGCAUAUCCCCAACAGACGCGCAAUGGCUAUAUGACAGAGCUCGAGGUCAACACAGUAUGUCUGCCUUUAUUAAAAAUAAUAGAGAUAUUGAAGAGGAGGAGGAAACUUUAGAAGAUAGUAUCUCAUAUGAGAAAGAUCGACGAGACUCAGAUAAUUUUCAAAUGCCAAUAUUAAAUGAUGUUGACAAAGCGAAACUUACAUCUUGCAUCGAUGAAGUACGCAACGUGGUUGGAGAUCAAAUAUCAGAGCGAAGAAUCGUAGAGACUUCUAUUAGUUUCGGUUAUGAUAUAACAAAAAUACUCGACGAUAUUUUAAAUAACGAAUGUGACAGCAAACCCAAGCGGCAUAAAUCCGUUAGUGGGAGUAGCACGUCAAAAAAUCAAAUGCUGCAGCCAACUACGUCGUCUGCAUCAAAGCAAAAAACACCUGAUCGUGAAAUAGCUCCCAACGUAAAUAUCCCACCUACAAUCAAAGUCACUGCCCAACCGUUAAGUGAACGAGAUAUACGCCGUGGUUUUGAAGUUAAUUCCCCACAGCAGCAGCUGUCACCAGCCGUGUCUGGAAGAAAUACUCCUGUAGAUGAAGAUGUGAAUAAAACCAUAAUAUCGAUUAAAGUAUCCAAAGAACAAUCUCAGCGCGAUGCUCGAAAGCUUUACGCUCAAGAAAGAGGAGAACAAAAAGCUCAUUUUCAUAUGAUAGUCAUUGGGCAUGUUGAUGCAGGUAAAAGUACAUUAAUGGGCCAUUUACUAGUUGAUACUGGAUAUGUUUCACAAAGAGUAAUGCACAAGCAUGAACAAGAAUCAAAGAAAAUGGGUAAACAAAGUUUUAUGUAUGCAUGGGUUUUGGAUGAAACUGGGGAAGAACGAUCGAGAGGAAUUACUAUGGAUGUUGGAUAUUCACGUAUAGAGACCGACACCAAAGUUGUUACACUAUUGGAUGCUCCUGGGCACAAAGACUUUAUACCAAACAUGAUUUCUGGUGCUACUCAGGCAGAUGUUGCUCUCUUGGUAGUAGAUGCAUCGCGUGGCGAGUUCGAAGCUGGGUUUGAACAAGGUGGUCAAACACGAGAGCAUGCAUUACUCGUUCGUUCAUUAGGUGUAAAUCAAUUGGGAGUGGUUAUUAAUAAGUUAGACAUGGUUGACUGGUCAAAAGGACGAUUCGAUGAAAUUGUUGGUAAAUUGAAAAUUUUUCUCAGGCAAGCUGGCUUUAAAGAAUCAGAUGUUACAUUCAUACCCUGUUCGGGCCUUAGUGGUGAAAAUUUAUCAAAACCAGCACAAGAACCUGCUUUAAAAACAUGGUACAAAGGACCACAUUUGUUAAGAGUAAUAGAUAAUUUUAAACUACCAGAGAGAUCAAUAGACCGUCCUUUACGUAUGUCCGUGUCCGACAUAUAUAAAGGCACCGGUUCCGGCUUUUGUAUAUCAGGCCGUAUAGAGACCGGUGUACUUAGCAUUAAUGACCGUGUGUUGGUCGGUGCUAGUCGCGAGCAAGCUCAAACCAAAGCAUUACAAAUCGACGAAAUUCCACAAACAAAUGCUUUUGCAGGAGAUCAAGUAUCAGUGACAUUGUCAGGAGUCGAUAUGUCUACAGUAUCUGUUGGGUCCAUUAUUUGCGAUCCUCAAAAUCCAAUUCCGGUGGCAAAUCGUUUCCAGGCUCGUAUACUUGUGUUUAAUGUUACAGUGCCAAUAACUAUUGGUUAUCCUGUGCUGCUCCAUUAUCAGUCGCUCAUAGAGCCAGCUGUCCUUUGUAAAUUACAAGCACAAUUACAUAAAAGCACCGGUGAAACUAUCAAGAAGAAGCCUCGAGUUCUCGGUAAUAACACGUGUGCUUUAGUUGAAAUAGAAACAACAAAACCCAUAUGCAUAGAACGUUAUGCAGACUUUAAAGAAUUAGGACGCUUCAUGUUGCGAGUGGGAGGAGUCACCAUUGCGGCGGGUAUGGUUACGAAAAUACGCUAAUAUUAAGGCCUUUAAAAUGUGAAUACUAUAUAAUAAAUGUAUCUACAUUGUUUUGAGGUGCAAUUCACUAACUUGUUUCAUUUAAGGAAAUUUAGAAUAAAUGUGUUAUAAAAGCAAUGCGGAAUCAUAAUAUUUAACGAUUUCAUUGUUCAAAAAUCAAUUGGUGCUACUACAAUAAUAGCAAAUGGCCGUUUAACUUUUUUACUGUUUGUUUUUAAUUGUUUGAUGAAUAAAAAAUUAAAAUAAGUCAUUGUUCCUAUAGUGAGAAUACUUGAAAGAUUUUAAGUACAUAAGUGUAACCUAUAAUGGAAUAUUGGAAAAUUAUAUGCAAACAAAAAACGUUAAAAAAUGUUUGAAACUACUUAUAUUAUUGAGAAUUUAUUAAACGAACAUGUAAUUCAAUUUAAAGUACCCAGUUCUUAAAUUCCAAGGGUGUCAAAUUUGAUUCUUAAUUAAGUAAUGAUUUUCUUUAAUAAGACGAUUAAUUUAUCGAUAUAACGCGGCUGUCAUUUUUUACUCGUUACAUUUAUGCUGUCAAUUUUCUAUUCGUUAAUUGUUGCAACCUUGCUCUAGUUGUGACGCGUCGUGCAAAGAUACAGAAAAAUUUGUGGUCGUUUUCGAUGAUUUUUCUUAAUAGAAGUUUUAAUCCUGAACGAUAAUUGUUUUUUAAACUGUUUCCAAUAUAAUUGUGUUUCGUUGGCACAGUGUGUGGAAAGAAAACUUAAAAAAUAAUUAAGUAACUGCUGAAAAACUGCGCAGAAAUUUUAUUCACAUUCCAUUUUGUGCUUGAUAUUCGGAGCAGGUCAGUUGAUUCGUUAGUUUAGUUUGGAGCGAGUUUUUAGACACCAUAGUUGAUUUAAAGCAAGACUGUGAAUUUAGAACCAAAGGCGUUCGUUGAAACAAAGAAGGAACGAAUAAAGAGAAGUAAGCAACAGAAAAAACAGGCAAACGCUUCAGCUUGAAAGCAACAGCGAAACGGUGCAAAGGGACGCAGUCACGGAAUUUGAGUGAAAUUAUAUCUGGCUGUGAGGAGGUGCAACCGCAACGUAAUCACUAACAACAACAACAGCAACGGCAACAGCGGCUGGAAGAAAGAAGGUAAAAUAGAAGGGACAAAAUGAGUCAUAUUAGCAUGAUGAAGUUGAAGUUGAGCCUAAAAUAGCGAUUUUGUUACAUUUCGGAUUGUGCUUCCAGUUUUGGGUUUCCAAUAAAGAAGAAAAAAGAUUCCGAAAAGUGAUAACUAAACGAACUAAAUGAAAAAAACAACUUCAUUAAAAGAAACAAAGUUCAAUAACGAAAAACGGGCAUAUCCAAAAUUAAAAUAGACACUACAAGAAAAAAUUAAGGCAAUAACUCGCUAAAAGAAUACGAGCUGAAAUUGUUGAUUGCAAUAAAAAAUAAAUGUAAAUCUACAAACCUAAAGCGUUUACGCCAACAAAGGAAAUUCGUAAUUACGUUAUCACUUGUAGUGCACGGCUAUAUAUAAAUUGCCGUUUUAUUUCCUGUUCAGUAAAUAUAAAAAACAAAGUAGUUCGUCCAUCCCAUCACUGACACUAUGCGUGAGUAUAAAAUUGUGGUCUUGGGCAGUGGAGGUGUAGGCAAAUCGGCCUUAACCGUGCAGUUCGUGCAAGGUAUAUUCGUAGAAAAAUAUGAUCCCACAAUUGAAGACAGUUAUCGUAAACAGGUGGAAGUGGAUGGUCAACAGUGUAUGUUGGAGAUACUGGACACUGCUGGUACAGAACAAUUUACCGCCAUGCGUGAUCUCUAUAUGAAAAAUGGCCAAGGCUUUGUUCUCGUAUAUUCUAUAACAGCACAAUCAACAUUCAAUGAUCUGCAAGAUCUGCGUGAACAAAUAUUGCGUGUAAAAGAUACAGAUGAUGUACCAAUGGUGCUAGUGGGUAACAAAUGCGAUUUGGAAGAUGAGCGCGUAGUAGGAAAAGAACUGGGUAAAAGUCUGGCCACACAAUUUAACUGCGCCUUCAUGGAAACAUCAGCCAAAGCUAAAGUUAAUGUCAAUGAUAUAUUCUAUGAUCUGGUCAGGCAGAUCAAUAAAAAGUCACCCGAGAAGAAACAGAAGAAACCUAAAAAAUCCUUAUGUGUUCUGCUAUAAGACUACAAUUUUAAAACAAAUAUAUAAAAAAAAUAUGGUAUUGAUUGGAGCAAAUAAAUAAACAAAUAGUGAGGAUAAAAAAUGUUUGAGUACCAAGGAUAAAAUUGAGAAAAACAUUGAUGUUAAAUGUGGGGGUUUUCUAAAGUCCGCUAUCGUUCUCGCUGUCUCUUUAGAUAUACAUAUAGAAAUAAAAACUGGAAUACAUACAUAUGUACUUGUAAUGAUGAUAGACAAAAAAAUUUAAUAAAAAUUAUAUUCAAUAUAGGCGAAAUUUUGAAAUGCCAAGUUUAUUUUGUUGUAUUAAAAUUAAAUGAGUUUGUAUUAUUUUAUUUUAUAAUUAAACUUUUUAUAUGAAACCAAAAGGCAAGUCUAAGCGCAAACAUAAAAUGAAGUUAAAGCAAAAUUCCAUGUGAAAGUAAAACAGUAAGAAAACAAAUAAGCCGCAUUGUCAAAAUCAUUCAAACCGUUUAUACAAUUUACAAACACUACUUUGCUACUAUUUUACAAAUUUACAAGAUAUCUAUAAAUAAGAGAAAAAAAUGUAUAGUUUUGAAUAAACACGCUUGUAAGCUAAUAUGAAUGAUAUGUAUGUAUAUUAGGGCCUCAGUAAAGUCAAAACGAUUUCUCACACGCUUUAAGGCAUAAAAAAAUCGGGGUAAAUAUGUUAUAGUUUUAUUUUCACACAUGAUUCUACGGUUGUGAAUUUUUCAUAAUCAUACAACACCUCCGGUUUUUAUUGCUCCCAAACUUAUAUUAUCACUUUAUUCAUAAAUGUUCUUUUGAUUGCAUCAUAAAAAUAUGUAUUUUAUGUUAAAAAUAAUACAUUAUUAGCCAUAACUGAAAUGCGUAGGCCAAAUCGUAAUAGUUGAAAUAACCGUUUUGACUUAAAAACCUAAGCAAAGGAUAUGCCAAGCAAAUAACUAAAACAUAAAUUAUUGGAAAUAUAAAAGAAACGGAAAUGUUGAGAAAAUAAGAAUUUUUGCCAUUUAAGGCACAUAGUUAUAUGUACAAUUCAUAUAGACCAGCACAUUUAUUGCUAGUCUUCUAUCAAUUUCAUUUUUUUCCAUUAAUUAAUGUUUAUAUAGAAAUAAUGUAAUAGCACUGUCAGAAAGACAAAACGAUUCCCAUGUGCCCUAUAAAUAUUGAAAAAUCAUAAGUAAUCGGAUUAUCGUACUCGUACAUUAUGUAGACCACUUUUCAUCAAGAUCAGAAUAUUAUCCAAGCCGAAAUGAAAUGCAUAUUGCGAUUACUAGACCAACGAGCCCUUCACCAAACAAUCAAAAUAUAUAAAUCCGAUAGUUACCACUUUUCAUUGAAAAAUCAUUUGAUAUAAAAAUUAAUGUUUUCUAGCAUUAUGAACAAUUGUAUAAAUUUAAUGAAAAAUUGCAAAAAAAAAAAGUUUAAAUGAAAAAUUAUUAAUUACAAACAAAAUAAUUUAAACAAAAGAUUGAAAUGGUAAAGAAUUGAAACCCGCUAAAUUAAAAUUCAUAUAAAAUUUUUUCUUUACAGCGUGGUAUUUACAACACCCAGCAAAAAUGAACAAUGUAUAAUGACCUAAAAUUUGUGAGCGGUAAAAAUAAAAUUAAACAAUGCAAUCGCAACAAUAUAAUGUGAAAUAAUAGAAACAAGUGCAUAAACCAUAAAUCAAAGUGUAACAAAAAAAUAAUAAGAAAUAGAUUUAUUGUCUUCUAAAUACUAAUUAAAUGUAUUACGUUUACAUAUAAUAAUAAAACAAAAAAAUCGAAAACAUUAAA